ACGCUUUCUUCUUCCUCCCUCUUUUUUCUUAAACCCAUCCACACCUCCUCAUAUAAUAUAGUACUGCUCCUGCUAUUAGAAUAGAUUAUUAAUUGGGUUUGGGUUUGGGUUUGGGUUUGGACUCUGACCCCAGCUUAUCGAUUCUGUUUGGUGGGCGUUCACACGGUCUUUCCAUCUCUCACGCAUUCUGUCGAACAGUUCACAGCCGAAGACUUUCUCCAACUUCUCUCUCUUGUGUUGUUUAUAUAUAUGAGACUCGCGUCUGUCCCAGAAGAAUCUGAUUGCUCGUAUAUUUACGAUUUGCUCCGCCAAACGCUGGGCCAGAUGAACGAGAACGUCACCAACAAGAGGAGGCGGCGAGCGAGGAAGGACGGGAGCGAAAAUGAAUCGAACGAGAAAGGACAAGGAGGAGGAGGAGAAAACGAGAAGACCAAGGGUUUGAAAGAGAUUAUAACCUCGCUGAUGCUGUUCGACGAGCAGGAGAAGCGCGAUUCGGAGGAGUGGUCGAGGAUCGACGGCGAAGAGAAGGACUCGCUCGACGCCAACCACAGGAAAAAGACUCAGGCUAUGUUGCAGUACUUGGAGGAAAUGAAGGGCAGUCACGACAGUUCGGAUCGAGCAGACGGGUUGAGGAAGAGGAAGUCCAGAGCCGCUGCUGCUGCCACGGUGGCAGCCACCGUUGCAGCAGCGGCGGUUGGGGUGGAUUCUGAUCAGAAAGGGGGAGGCGGAGUUGCGGCCGCGGGGGCAGCCGGGGGAGGAGGAGGGGGGCAGCAGAGGAGGCUGUGGGUCAAGACAAGGUCACAAGCGUGGUGGGACGAAUGCAACAGUGCUGAUUUCCCCGAAGAAGAGUUUCGAAAGGCGUUUCGGAUGGGUAAAGAGACGUUUGAUUUGAUCUGCAAUGAGCUUACUUCAGCUGUUGCUAAAGAAAACACAACGUUGAGAGAUGCGGUGCCUGUUAGGCAACGCGUGGCCGUUUGUAUAUGGAGGUUAGCCACAGGGGAGCCUCUCAGACUCGUGUCCAAAAGAUUUGGCUUGGGUAUUUCUACUUGUCAUAAACUUGUUCUUGAGGUUUGUUCUGCUAUAAGGCAAGUCUUAAUGCCGAAAUACCUUAACUGGCCCGAUGAGGUGUCGGUGAGACGGAUAAAGGAAGAUUUUGAAGCUGUUUCUGGGAUCCCCAAUGUGGUGGGUUCAAUGUAUACCACACAUAUACCGAUUAUCGCUCCUAAGAUUAGUGUCGCCGCUUAUUUCAAUAAGCGGCACACUGAGAGGAAUCAGAAAACGUCGUAUUCGAUCACAGUUCAGGGAGUGGUUAAUGCGAGAGGGGUUUUUACGGAUGUGUGCAUUGGGUACCCUGGUUCAAUGCCUGAUGAUCAGGUGUUGGAAAAAUCAGCUCUUUAUCAGAGGGCGAGUGGAGGGCUGUUGAAGGGCGUGUGGAUUGUGGGGAGUUCAGGGUACCCUUUGAUGGAUUGGGUUUUGGUGCCUUAUACUCAGCAGCACUUGACUUGGAGUCAGCAUGCGUUCAAUGAGAAGAUUGGGGAAAUUCAGAGGGUUUCGAGAGAGGCGUUUGUUAGGUUGAAAGGGAGGUGGACUUGCUUGCAGAAGCGAACCGAGGUGAAGCUUCAAGAUUUGCCGGUGGUUCUUGGGGCGUGUUGUGUCUUGCACAAUAUUUGUGAAAUGAGGAAUGAGCCGGAUGUGACGUGCGAUCUCAUGGAUGAUGAGAUGGUCCCCGAGAAUGGUUUGAGAUCACCAAUCGCCGUGAAGGCUAGGGAUGCGAUUGCGCAUAAUCUUUUGCAUCAUAACCAUGCCGGCACUUCUUUUCUGUCAUGAAAGGAGAUCUAAUGAAGAAAUGUGG